CAUGUGCAGUUCUAUCCCAGUGUCCAGCACCCCAGAGCCCACCAGCAGCGCUGUGCCAGUCUCUGUGUGCAGCUCCCUCCCUGUUCCCAGCACCCCAGUGCGUUCCAGCAGCACCAUUCCAGUUUCCCUGUGCAGCUCCAUCCUAGGAUCCAGCACCCCAGAGUGCCCUGGCAACACCGUGCCAGUCUCCCCACUCAGCUCCAUGCCACUGGCCAGCAUCUUGGAGUCCCCUGGCAGCACCAUGUGCAGCCUUGUCCUGGGGCCCUGCGCUCUGGAAUCCCCUGGCAGCACCACCCCAGGGCCCCCCAACAUUAUGAGCUCAGUGUCUCGCAACCCAAACUCCCCAGGCAGCUCUGCUCUACCCCCGUGCAGCUCUGGGUCCCCUGGCAAUGCCAGCACAGCCUCCUGCACCCCAGGGCCCCCUGGCACCAGCUCCACUCCGCAGAAGACUCCCUUCCGCAGGUGGCGAGCAGAACCUCCAGAAUUUUCCGGCAGCUCUGCGGCCUCAGAGCCCCCAUCUGCAAAUGGGAGUGCUGAUCAUCUGCAUUGCCAAGGCACCCCUGAGGGAGCAGAGUUCCCCACCCCUGUCCCCCCAGAAGAGAGCCCACCUGGCCUCUCUCCCAUCAAGGAAAGUGGGUUGGAGCCUGCUGGGUCAGAAGCCACUGUCACCCCUGUCACCUCACCUGAAUCAACCCUGGGUGCUGUGUCCUGGGUGUUGCCACUGGUGUGGCUGGAGAAGACCCUCAACACCUCGCUCCUGACGGAGUCUCUGUGGCACAGCCUGCCCCUCCGCAAGCUACAGGAGGAUGCCAGCAGCAGUGUCACCCCUGUGCCCACCGCAGUCGCCAGCACCAGCACGACCCCUGUGCCAACCGUGGUUGCUGGCACCAGCAUAACCCCUGUGCCCACUGUGGUUACUGGCAUCAGCACAACCCCAGUGCCCACCACGGUCGCUGGCACCGGCACAACCCCAGUGCCCACCAUGGUCGCUGGCACCAGCACAACCCCUGUGCCCACCAUGGUCGCUGGCACCAGCACAACACCUGUGUCCACUGUGGUUGCUGGCAUUGGCACGACACCAGUGCCAACUGUGGUCACUGGCACCAGCAUGACCCCUGUGCCCACUGUGGUGGCUGGCAUUGGCACGACACCAGUGCCAACUGUGGUCGCUGGCACCAGCAUGACCCCUGUGCCCACUGUGGUGGCUGGCACCAGCACGACACCAGUGCCAACUGUGGUCGCUGGCACCAGCAUGACCCCUGUGCCAACUGUGGUCGCUGGCACCAGCAUGACCCCUGUGCCCACUGCGGUGGCUGGCACCAGCACGACGCCAGUGCCCACCACAGCCAUUGGAACCAGCAUAACCCCAGUGCCCUCUAUGGCCACGGGCACCAGCAUGACCCCAGUGCUCUCCAUGGCCACUGGCACCUUCAUGACCCCUCGGGACAUGUGGGACAGGAGUGUGAACACAUCCAGGGGAAGCCUCCCCUGUGCCAAGGACAGCGCUGCGGAAACAGACUCCCUGCUCUGGCACUGUCCCCGGGAGCACAUGAAGACCCUGCCACGGGCAGAGCUGGAGGGGAGGCUGGAGAGCACCCUCAUCAUCAUCGAGGCCCUCUCGCUGCAGCUGCGUGACUGGCAGGAGAGCCAGCGGCUGCGGCCUGGCGCGGGGCCGGCCAGACAGAGGGACGUGCUCACACAGACAGACACCACCCACCCCGAAGGGAGCACCUGGAGCAGCCAGAGCCUCCUGCUCCGGGGCCUCGCGGAUGCCGCUUUUCGGAGCUUGCAGGAUGAGCAGGGAGCCCUGGUGCAGGAGCGGGAGCAGGAGAGGACCGUGGUGUCCCAGUGCCAGGCUGUGCCUGAGAGUGCUCCCAGCAAGGUGCAGAGCUGCCUGGAAGAGCGGGAUGCCAUCAGGCAGCGAGUGGAUGAAGCCCUACAAGCCAAGGAUCAGGGAUAUCUGUUCCUGGAGGCUUUCUGUGCCCACGCCAGCGCCCAGAUCAGUGCCCGUGACCAGAGCCUGGCCUCCCAGCAAGAGCUGAGUACGCUGCUGGCCCAAGCCAUCAACCUGCAGGCAUCCCUGUCUGCCGAGGCACAGUCUUUCCGAGAAUUCUUAGAUGUCACCUUUGAAAAUCUGGAGAAGGAAAGGAAGGCCCUGGAUGAGGAGCGGGAGCAGAUGAGGGCCCUGGUGUCCCAGACCCAUGGCCUGUUGGAGCGUGUGCCUGGCAAGCUGCAGAGCUGCCUGGAGGAGCUGGCUGCCGCACGGGAACAAGCAGAGGAAGCUCUUCAAGCCAAGGAGGAGGCAUCCUGCCACCUGGAGAAGACCUUGGUGACCCUGAAGGACACAGAGGCUCAGCUGGAGAAGCUGACAGUGGCCAACUCACGCCUGGGCAAAGAGCUGAACUCUGUGAUGAUAAAUCUGGCCCGCGUGGAGCAGGAGCGGGAUGCACUGCAGCAGGAGAACGAGAAGCAGUGGGAAGAGAUGGCCCAGCUGGCUCAGGAGAGGAACUCCCUGCAGCAGGAGCGCCAGGAGCUGUGCCAGGAGCUGGGGGAGGCCACCGAGUGCCGGGAGUUCCUGGAUCAGGAGAACCAAAUGUGCCGCACGCAGCUGCUGGAGGUGGAGGCCAGGCUGAACUCCACGCUGGCCACGCUGCAGGAGCGUGUCCUGCAGCACCAGGAGCUGAUGGAGUCCCACCAACACCUGCGGGAAGAGCAGGCUGCCCUCAGCAAGGAGCUGGACAGCACCAAGGCCGAGCUCCUAAACUUGCAGACAAAGAGGAACAAAGUUUCUUGGUGCUCCACGGACAUUAUGGAGAGCAAGAUGCGGUUGCAGGAGCUCGCUGACUGCCUCAAGGCUGCUCUGGAAGAGCAGGAUGAUGAUGAUGCUCCAUCGAGAAGCAAAGCCUGGACCCCCGGUGCCCGCACCCCGGGCUGGCAGACCCCGCGCCGUGCCUGGACCCCGGCAUUUCGCACCCCGGCCUUCCACACCCCGGCGUGCCACACCCCACACCGUGCUGGCAGCUCCUUCGUGGGCAGCGUCCUGAAAGCUGUGGCAGGGAAAGACGCCAAUGAAACCAGCAGAAGUGGGAGUAGAGUUGCCAAGGACAAAGUUGCAUCUGUGUCAAAGGCAAUAGAUCCUGAGGACACUCUGCUGGAGAGCGUGAAGGAGCUGAGAGCUGUGGUCUCCAGCCUUGCCAUGCUGAGCUCCCGCAUCCAGGAACUGGAGCAGAGCGAGUUCAGGGCACUGCAGACAGAGAUCUCUGACCUGCAGCUCCGCCUGGAGAAAGCGACAGCUGAGAGCCAGGAGAAGGUGGAUGCCCAGGCUGCCACCAUUGCCCAGCUGAACAAGGCACUGAGGACCAAGCUUGAGAAUGAGAAGGAGCUGCAGGACGUGGUGAAACAGCAGGAAGAGAAGAUGUGGCAACUCAUCGACAAGAGUGGGGAAGUGAUGAGGCUGAAAGCAGAAGUCUCUGAGUUGAAGCGCUUGCUCCAGCGUGCAGAGACAGAGGCCAAGGUGCUGUGGGAGGAGAUGAGGGGCAAGGAGCACAAGGGGGACACUGCCUACGUCCAGGAGCGGGUCAUGCUGCGGCGGGAGGUGGAUAAACUGCGGCUGCUGCUCGUGGAAAAAGAGGAUGAGAACAUACGGCUCACUGACAAGCACCUGGAGCAGGUCCGAGGGCUGGAAAUGAAGUUCCACCAUACCCAGAAAAUGCUGAGGACCCAUGAGGAGAUGCGGGAGAAGAUAAAAGAGGUCCUGCCGGCUCUCCCUGAGGCGGCUCUGGGUUGCCAGGAGCUCCAGAGCCUGCUGCGCUACCUGGGCCUGAAGCCAGCCAGCAAGGAAGCUGCUGAGCCGCUAUAGCCUGUAGCCUGAAACCUUUCCUGUUGUUAAUGUUGUAAUUAUUUAUUGAAUAAAGUUGUGUUGGCUUUUA